AUGAGGGCAAUUAACUCAGCCACAAACGCACGACAAGCUUUUGGAUAUGGCUUGCAUAUUCAAAUUUCUUCCUUUAAUCAAACUUGUUUCUUUAAUAGACAAGUAAAAGAUUUAUGUCCAGCCAUUAAGCUUAAGACAUCUAAGAGAAAUACCAGAAAUGCCCAUGUAGUUUGUACUCUACUUUUGCCUAAAGAAAAUUCCCUCAAUUCCAGAAAAUUGGGCCUCAACAUACCAAUCACAGGGACACAACAGGUUCCCAUUAUUAUGCCAGCAAUCAUCCCAGGAAAAUUUGGGAGGUUUGGAGGCAAGUUCGUGCCUGAGACGCUCAUUGCAUGCUUGAAGGAGCUUGAAGCUGAAUUUAACUGGGCUUUGCAAGACCCUGAGUUUCAGGAUGAACUUGAGAUAGCACUUAGAGACUACGUAGGAAGGGAGACUCCUCUGUGCUUUGCAGAGCGUCUCACAAAUCACUACAAGAAAAAAGAUGGGCAAGGACCAGAAAUUUUCUUGAAGAGAGAAGAUCUCAACCACUGCGGAGCACACAAAUUGAAUAAUGCGAUUGCUCAGACGAUGAUUGCCUAACGCAUGAGUAUGAAAAGUGUUGUGGCUGCCACUGGGGCUGGACAACAUCGAGUUGCAACUGCGGCUGCAUGUGCCAAGCUUUCUUUGGAGUGUACUGUUUUCAUGGGCACUUCAGAUAUGGAAAAACAAGGGCUUUUGACAAAAAAGGUGUAAUAAAAAAAAAAUUAUACAAAAAAAUGUGAGAUUGAAAUAGGAAAUUUCCAGACAACCUAUUACUUGACAGGUACUGUAGUGGAGCCUCAUCCAUGUCCAAGCAUGGUCUGCGAGUUCCAGUCCGUGAUAGGAAAGGAAACGCGGAGGCAAGCGAUGGAGAAAUGGGGUGGCAAGCCAGAUGUUCUGCUUGCCUGUGUAGGGAGUGGAUCUAAUGCACUGGGGAUAUUUCACGAAUUCAUAGGAGAUGAAGAUGUGAGGUUGAUAGGAGUUGAGGCUGCUGGGUUUGGUUUAGAUAGUGGGAAACAUGCUGCUACUCUGGCUAGAGGAGAAGUGGGAGUUUACCAUGGAGCCAUGAGCUACUUGUUGCAGGAUGAGGAAGGCCAGAUAAUAGGACCACACUCUAUUGGUGUGGGGCUAGAAUAUCCAGGAGUUAGCCCAGAACUAAGCUUUCAUAAAGACACAGGACGUGCAGAGUUUUAUUCUGCAAUAGAUGAAGAAGCUGUAGAAGCAUACCAAAGGCUUAGGAGAAUAGAGGGUAUAAUUCCAUCUCUGGAGGCAUCUCAUGCAUUGGCAUUUCUGGAGAAACUUUGUCCAGAGAUAAAAAUGGACCCCAGUGGCACUAAGGUCAUAGUAAACUGCAGUGGUCAUGGAGAUAAAGAUACUGCAACUGUCUUAAACUACCAACAAUAUUCAAUAUGGAACAAUGGAUCAAUGCCAAUUUCUAAUUAAUUAUUGAUUAUGUAGAUCUGUUUUUGGAUAGUUAAAAUUGCAAUUAAUUUUCCAAUUCCAGACCAAAUUAUUUACUAA